UUCUCUAUUCACAACCAUUUCUUGUUGGUAGUACCAGUUCGUAGAGCGGGAGCGGAAGCUGGAACGAGAGCGAGAGCGUGAAAGUGUUUGUUGAUAGAGAAUUUUAUAUCGAGAGUGUGAAGAGAGCGUCAUUAUAUUAUAUUAUUUAUAAUUCAAACCAAUAAUUAUAGAUAAUGUUGUUAUAUCAUAACUAAAAAAUUAACUCAAAUGAACUCUUAUUAGUUUAUAGUAAGAGCCAUAUUUUUUUCUCUUAACUUAGUGGGUGGAAAUUUAUUUUUCUUCUAAAAUGGGGUUGAUCCAUAAAAUUAUUAAAUAAAAGCCCAUUAUAAUAAUAAAAAAAAUUAAAAACCCACCAUUUCAACUCUUCAAGCUUGUCAAUUGUCAUCGUUACCGAUCUCUCUCUUCUAGAAGCUGGUCUUCUUUCUCCCCUGCAACUGCCACUUCCUCCCUUUCUCCUUCGUCAACCUAGACAGCAGGCGGCGUCCCAGAUCUGUUACUUUCGGCUCUUAUCUAAUACUUCCCUUACCACAUCCCAUAAUCAUCGAUCAACACCCUCUUCUUCUACAUUGUAAAAUCUCUGGUUUCUCCCAAGGGCCUUUCAAUCUUCAAAACACAGAUGAGCUUCGCCUCCCACCAAUUUCCCAGAAACGCUAGCAAGUCAGCUCAUAUUUGAACUCGGGUUGCGAUACUGUUAAUUGCCAACAAAAUAUCUUUCCCUGCGUAGUCCAAAACCUCCCAAAUCAACAAAUUCCCUUCCGACUUCCUUCAUGCAACCAACCAGGGAUUCAUCUCCCUCACCAAAUCGAUGAACUCCUUCCUCGAUUUCCCUACCGAACUGUCUAUAUAAAAGAAAUACGUGAAUUAGCUUACGAAGUUCGCGCUCCAACAAAAAGAAAUUCGCGAAUUUUGUGUGAAUCCUUUGGAAUUCGCGUUUCCGUGUUCUAGAGCGGGAGCGUCGACCCCUCCUCCACGAAUUAUGUGACCUAAGUACCAACAACAAAGCUCUUUGCCUUUAAGUAUCCCGGAGUACUCUAUAUUCAUAUUUUCACUCCCUUGUUGCAGUAAUGGUAACUUGGAGGGGAAGUCGGUGCGGUUGUGGUAAGCCACACCACAUUUUGUGGUUUACCACCACCACAAAUCUCUAAAUACUCUAACCAUAAAGUGUAACAUUGUGAUUAAUUAGUGGUUAACCACUAACAAUUGUGGUUCGGUGCGGUCAGUUUGUGGUUAACCGCAAAAAACAAUUUACCAAAGUCACAAAUUUAUUAAUACUAGCCGGGGAACGCGCAUUGCCGCGAGUUGGUCAACUACAGGGUUGUUGUGGUUGCCCAUUCAGAUGUCGUUCUCUUUAUGGUGAUGUAUUUACGAUGGUAAUUUUUUUUUGAUUUGUUUUUUCAAAACCGUGAAAGCGAAUAAUAUUUAUCAAAAAACCAUGGAUGUUACCAAACACAAGUGAUAUAAUUGAUUUAUACUCUGACCCUAUUUUUAUUGUAAUCCGGACGAGUUUAGUUCGCAAACUAAGUAAACCUAUAUAGGCUACUUAGACCUAAAGUCAUAUGGCAUGUGUGGUCAGUUAAAGCCUACAUGGACAUCCAGGUAUUUGUAGUUCUCGACGAGAAACGCAAUUGGUUGAACUAAUUUUGAAUAAUGAAAAAAUACCACAUCAACCUCAAGUUGGAAAAUGUUGAGGUAAUGGUUUUUGAUGAUAAUUUAUUUUAUAUGUAUAAACAUAGGUGAAAAUUUAAUGUAUAAUUUUAGAAAAUCCUAACUAAUAUGGUGAGGAAAUGUCAAGAGAGAAGCAAAGGGAAUAAAACGUAGAACUCAUUUUAAAAUUCCAUACCUUCACGUAUAAUCGCAAAGAGUCGGCUAGUUCACAGUUGACCAACCAAAUUCAAGAACCAAUAAAAUAUUAUAACUGUUUUAUUACUGAUAUUUUAAGUCCUUAUUAAAUUUGUACCUCCCAUAAUAUUUUUUAAUUGUUCAAUAUAUUUGGGAAAAACAUUUAACCAACAAUGAGUACUGAAUCCGAGUGAUUUUGUGAUUCAACACGCAAUCUCAAACAAUUGUCUAGUUCAUAAUUGACCGAAAAAUUCACUUCAAUAUUGUAAUUUAUUCACAAUUUUACGGAUCUCUUCAAAUUCUUGUCUUGUUUAAUUCUAAUUAAAAAUUAUUUUGAUGUCUCUUUUUGUAAUACCUUGUUUUAUUUUUGUUAUCUCCCAAUUUCUUUUGUCAUUAGCUAGCCUUUACGAGGCAUCCAACUUUUACCUCCACAAUUAUUUUGUUAUCUCACAAUUUGUUUCGUCAUUAGCUAACCUUUAUCAGCCAUCCCGCAUGAUUCAGGAGAAAGAUACUUUGUGGACUCGAGUAAUGCAAGCGAAGUACGGCAGACAGAGGCAAGGCCUCAAUUUGAUCAAGCCAGUCAAGGGAAGUUCCUUUACCUGGGCCAGCUUGGCCAAAGCUUCUUCCAUCCUUAAUAAAGGAUGUGCGUGGAAUAUUAAGAAUGGUAAAGGCACUAAGUUUUGGCUUGAUCCGUGGGUUUUACAGGUUCCUUUGAAGGAGAUGGUCACUGGCGAUAUUCCUCCAGAUCUGGAGGAGGCAGCAGUCGCAAAUUUCACUGGUGUUGACGGAAGCUGGCGUACUGAGCUCUUCAGUAACCUCCUUCCGAGCGAGAUCCACCAAAAAAUCCUGAGUAUUGCAGUUGGCAAGCUCUCUCAGGAGGAGGACCGGCUGUUCUGGUCGGGGACUGCAGAUGGCCGCUUCUCCACCAAAUCGGCUUUCGCUUUGCUCACCCAAAGGCCUCCGGACCCAAGCGAGAAGAUCUGGAAGACCAUUUGGCGCCUUCCGGUGCCGGAGCGGAUCAGAACUUUCAUGUGGCAGACAUUUUUGGGGAAGAUUGUUACCAAUGUUCUCCGUUACAGCAGGAAGAUUGCGUCGAGCCCUUGCUGCGAUCAAUGCACCAACCAGCCGGAGUCGAUCCUUCACAUCCUCAGGGAUUGCCCUCCAGCCCUCUUCUUCUGGUCCCGCCAUGUCCCUAUCCAGCGCCAGCAGAACUUCUUCAGCGACCCGCAGGAAGACUGGCUCCGCAAGAACCUGCUAGAAGAAGAAUUGAUGGCGUCUGACAUUAGCUGGCCGGCCUUCUUCAGCAUGGCUGCCUGGCUUCUCUGCAAGAACAGGUGUACGGCUGCCCUUCGAGGCAAGACAACUGCCCUCUCUGCUCCUACUCUGGAGCACUCCAUCAUGACCAAGGCGAAGAUGUGGCACGACUCCUGGCACGCGCCUACACUGAUUCCGGACAGCCGUGCGCGCCCAGCAGCUCGGCAAUGGGAGAACAUAGGUUGGUCCCCCCCGCUGGAAGGUUGGGUGACUUUAAAUGUGGAUGGGGCUUCUAAUGGGAACCCGGGCCCGGCAGGUGCUGGAGGAGUUAUCAGAGGCUCCACUGGCUUGUGGGUGGGUGGUUUUGUGGCAAAUAUUGGAGUUGGCCACGGCGGCUCUUGCUGAGAUUUGGGGAAUCAAUCAUGGACUGGAAUUGGCUUGGAGACUUGGAUGCAGAGCAGUCAAAGUUGAAUCGGACUCGCAGUUGGCCGUAAAGCUCAUUCAGAACAGAGAUGACCCUCUCCACCCGUACGCUACUCUUCUGUCUAGCAUCCGCAGGAAACUGGGCAGGGAUUGGUUGGUUAACAUUACUCAUGUAUACCGGGAAGGGAAUAGAGUCGCGAACUAGCUCUCGAAGCACAGUCUCGUCUAUCCCUACGGUAUGCAUGAGCUUGCUAGCCCACCCCUCGGUCUAGAGGCCCUUCUUCGAGAUGACUUCCGAGGCGCCACUUUCGAGCGCCACGUUGCUGUUCGACCUUCCACUUCUAAUUCCACUCUGUAACCUUUUCUUCUCUUGCUCGGCUACGGCCUCCCCUUAAUGCAAAAAAAAAAAAGAAACUUUAUCAGCCAUCCAACUUUUCCCUCCUCAAGUUUGCUGAGUGUAAUUGUAUUUGUUUCAAAUUUCAACUAAAAAAGACAAAACUAUUAGUGAACAGUAAAAUGGCAUUAGGUUUAGGUUUAUAUAUAACUAGCUAGGUGGCGGCCGAGCUCUGCAACGGCCUGCGGUUGAUUUUUAAUUUUUUACUUUGUUGGUUAGUCAUUUGUGUGUAUUAUUUGUUUUAAUAACCUAACAUCAUUACAUCUUACAUUACAAAAAUGCGUAAACAUUAUUCACCUAAUUUUAAAAGUAAUCUUAAGACAUCUAAUUUUGAAGUUUAUUUAUCAAAAAAUUUAAUCUAAUUUUGAAGUUUGAUUGGUAACAUUAGUCUAAUACGAUGACAUAACAUAUACGGAUUAAUGAAAAUUAGGAAUGGAAAACGAUCGUGUUGGGGGCGGAUAGUGCAUAUUCAUUAUCCUACCUAGAAUAGUUUGUUUUACUCAUACUCACAGAAGAAUCGAGGAGAAAAUUAAAAUCAAGCCAAUUUUCGAUGAUUCGGGUUUUCACGUGUUAUCCAUGGGUAAUAAUUUUUCCUUAUAUAUAAAUCUAACCAACAUGUUAACAUUCACUCGUAUAAUGACAUUGCGUACGACAAUAAAAAUCACUAAAAUGAAGCAAAUUAGUUAAAACAAAACAACUGCACGAAAAUAUUAUAUAUGUAUAAUAAAUAUCAAGGUUAUAGAGAAAAAUAAUGAGCUUUCUAGGAAAAAGAACAUAUGCAUGUGUAUAAUCGAGCAUAUUUGGGUUGCAUAGUGAGAAAAUCAUGGCCAUCCAUUGAUGUAAUAUUCGGAUUCAAAUUUUUUCACACCCACUAAAAAUCACUCGAGUUUGAAUUUUACCCUAUCUGAUUAAGUCAGAUUCGGGUGGAUACCACCGUUGCAAAUUUAUUUCCAAAGUUACAACAUUAUCAGAAGUUCACAACUCUCAAAUUGAGAAAUAUUUUUUAGAACAGGUGUGAAUCCAAAUAUCUCAUACAAAAAAGUACAAUUAUGGAUUAUGUGGAAGUUGCAAAAUCUUAAAAUGGGAAAACAUAUGCAUAAAAAAAGAACCAAUGAGAGCAAAAGUAUAGGCAACAGUAACAUGGAUUGAGCUUUAUAUAAUAUAAUAACUAGAAAUUAUCGGCACCUUGCUGCGGCCUAUAAAAAAACAAUGAAACGGAUUCGUUAAUCAAUACCAUGCAGUAGAUAGGAAGUGAGAUGAAAAUAGUAAAAAUUGAUGGAAAAUAGUAAAAGGUUAAAAAAUAAAUCAAACUACUUUUUUCACUGAAUAUAAAUCAAAGAGGUGUAGAAUAAUAAUAAUGCUUUUUUUUUUCCUCCAACCCUCAACCCAUUUUUCUAUGAUCCUCAAAUCGUGUCGACAAUGUUGUAUAACAGUGCACAUGAAGAAAGCACAAAACCUUUCUAACCUAAUAACAAUUCAUCCAGCAGCUUUAUAGGACCACGGGGCGCCAAGUCCCUUUCUUUCCUUUUCUGGCCAUUAAUCAUUCUACCUAACUUUAUGGUUGGGGGUUCCUAUUACAAGGCGGCCAUACCCCAGAGAAAGCAGAAACGUGCUGGAAAUGUCAUGUCAUCUUCAUAAGCAUAUUUUGUUUGUGCAUUAUUGUAUGAUGAUUUGCAUUGCUCGUUCUCACCUUCCAACUUGGAUGAAUUGUCUGCAGUAUUAUAUAGUGAUUAUACAUAAUGUGGAAUGAUUAGUUAAGUAUUUAGUUGCAUUUCUUUCUUUUUGAAAUUUUGUUGGCUUUGGGAAUUUGCAAAAUUGAAAACUCUUAUGAGGUUACAAUAAGAAAGGUAUUGGUUUGAUAUUUUGUGCUGAAAGCGUAGUUCAAUUGUUUCAUAUUGUUAAAAAUCAUUGACCGGUUUAGGCGUAUGGUGUUUUCCUUAUUGGACCAUCGGUACGGUUUCACAAACACUACUAAUUUGCUAUUUUUCAAUAAUUUUUUAAAAAUAAAAGGUUAUUUAUAAUUGAAUCAGAUUAUAAAUUUAUGAUUAACUAUUAUAAAUAAGGUUCACAACGUAUAACAUUUUUAUUAUUGAUCUAAGAUAUACUAUGAAUGAUGAAGAGUGUUCGUGGAUAUGAUUACAUCGUACAAUAGGUUCUAUAAAUACCUAUACAUACGAGUAUGAUUAAAACAACCAAUGAAAGUUAUAUGCUGACUAUAUCAUUCAAAGGAAAAUAAGUUAUUAUCCCUGUCACACAAACAUUUGAAUCAUAUAUACCAAGUCAGAUGUUCAUUAACAAUGAAAUAAACCAAGAUUUUUUUUAUUAUGUAUGGAUCAAUAUAAAAAUGAAGAUGUUAUCAGUUAGGAAAAUAAAGGUCUCAUGCCAUUUUUGGCCAGGGUCUCAACUAGUCACUGAAAACAUUUGAAUAGUUUGAAUAAAAUUUUAAAAAAUAUUGAUUGAAAAAACAUUUCAUACCGAUAAAUAUAAUGUUUGAAAACUUUUUUAUUCUCUUGUUGACCAUUUAAAUUAGGACGAAUUUACUUUUAAAUCAAAUAAGUUUAAAUUUCAUUUGAUUCUAGUCAUCAUUAUUCCUUUAUUUUCAAUAUAGAUCAUAUAUUGGUUUGAUCUGAUUCCCGAAAUAUGUACAUCCAUAAACGAGAGAGAGAAAGCACAAUACAAAUAUUACAUUAUCGAGUUAAAAGUGUUAUAGUAGAGUCUAGAGCAAAAUAUACAGCCCUAAAUAUUGAACCCACUUAUUAGAUGCGACAUUACUCAAUCUUAUUGUAUAAGUCUCUCAAAAUUCAAACUAAAAAUUCUAAAUUUGAAUAUUUAAAUUAGAACCUAAUAAAUUCAAAGCGCCAGCGAUGAGGAAUGAACCGAAGGACAUAAUUAAAAAACCCUAACUAAAAAUGGCUUCCACAU